CGCAGGGCAGGUUCCACUAUGGAGUUGCUUAGAGGAGCUUGGAGCAGCUAGAAGUCGGAACCAGAAGAAGCAGAGCCCUGGAGGGCCAGAGACCCUUCUCCCAAAGAUGCAGAAGUAAAAAGAAAUGCAAGCGAGGAAGCAUGAAGAGGAACACUGACAGAGAUUCAAGGAAGCAACCGAACCGGAAGGACGCGAAUGGACCCGGCCAGAAUCCAGAUGAUGGGUUACUGGUCACGCACGUUAACCAGACACACGACUUACUGAGGCUGCAGGAGGGCGAGGACCGGCCUUCCGCUCGGGAAGACUCGGAAGACUGGCUUUCAACUCACAGUUUAAAGUUUGAGAAGCUCACCCUGGCUGACCUGCUAGGUCAGGGCACAGCCACGCUGGAGGAGGGCCACAAUGCCACGCAGAAGGUGCACUUCUCUACCCAGGCCAUCUGCCAGUUUGAAUCAAAGCUUUCUGAAGUCGUUGAGCGCUAUCAGCAGAGAAUUCAGUGGCUCACAGAAAACAGCAAGAAGGUGUUUGGCCUCAUCAAAGGGGCCAGGGUGGGCAUCCUCCUUGAUGUGUCAGCGUUUGGCAGCGGCCCUCAGAAAGAAGAGUUCCUAAACGACUUCACGAGCCUCGUUGAUGAGCAGCUGAGCCUCAAGGAGAAGCUGUACAUCCUGUCCUUCGGCACCACCACCAAGCCGCUCUGGCCAGACCCCGUGGUGGUCAGCACCUGCACCCUCCAGGACCUCAAGCUCUGGGUGAAGGAACUGCAGCCUGAGGGCAGCAGCAAUUUACUACAAGCCCUGAAGAAACUCUUCACGCUCAAGGGGCUGGACUCUCUGGUGAUUAUAAUGGGAAGCUGCCCCGAUCAGCCUUCUGAAAUCCUGUCUGACUACAUCCAGCAGUCCUCCAUGGGAAGGGACCUCACCAUCCAAGUCAUCACCUACAAAUGCAACGAGCAGGUUCCCCCUGCUAUCCUGAAGAACCUUGCAGAAGCACUCAGGGGCUACUACCACUGCUACAGCCCAGAGACCGAGCUCUAUACCAGUCGGGACGUGGAUGAGCUCCAGGCAGAAAUCCAGAAGGCCCAGAGCCUGCUGGACCACAUGCAAGCCCUGCACCAGAGCAGCCCCUCUGAGGAGGAGGCCUGCUUGGCGAAGGAGAUUUCCACAGAGCUGGUAAAAGGGCCACUCACAAGUCUCUUGCCCAAACCCACAAGACACGAUGCUCCUCUCUCAAUUGAGUUCCCAAACUUGGACAAGACUUCUGCAGAAUGGCUAAAAAUCAAUGGCCUAAAAGCCAAGAAAUUAAGUCUUUACCAGGUUCUGGCACCCAACGCAUUCUCUCCCGUGGAAGGAUUCGUGCCUAUUCUGCAGAAAACAGUAUCAUCAACUAUCCACGAGAAAGCCAUGGUGCAGUUUGAGUGGCAUGACGGGACCAUGAAGAACAUCCACGUGGACCCGCCCUUCCUCCACGAGUACCAGAAGCAGCUGGGCAGAGCUUUGCAGCUGUAUGAGCGGCGGAUCGAGUGGCUCUCCCUGGCCAGCAGAAGAAUCUGGGGCACCGUCUGUGAAAAAAGGGUGGUUAUACUGCUGGAUAUCUCUGUGACCAAUUCCAUGUACAUUAUUCAUAUCCAGCACUCCCUGCGGCUGCUGCUGGAGGAGCAGAUGUCCAACAAGGACUGCUUCAACCUCAUCGCGUUUGGGAGCACAAUCGAGAGUUGGAGGCCCGAGAUGGUUCCCGCGAGCCACACCAAUUUACAAAGCGCCUGGUGGUGGGCCCUGGCCCUGCGGUGCCAAGGCAGCAGGAACGUGCUCAGCGCCCUGCGGAAGGCUGUGGAGGUGGACUUCAAGGACAAAGACCAACACCAAUCGCAGGGCAUCUACCUCUUCACAGGGGGCAUCCCCGAUCAGGACGUGUCCACGCUCAGCGCCUAUGUGGCCGAGGCCUGCGGAGGCUGCGACCUCCAGCUGAACGUGUGUCUCUUCUACGUGGGUGAGCCCCGGAUGGACACCACACCCCCUGCCUGCUACGCCAGCCGCACGGACACAGCUGCAGCCUACAGGGAAGUCACCCGGGCUGCUGGUGGUCGCUUCCACUGGUUUGGAGACACAGGCGUCUACGAGAGUGACGACAUCAAGGCCAUCACAGCCGAGAUACAAAAGGCCUUCAACUACUCCCAAAAGUGCGCCUUACUCGUGGCCUCUCUGAAGAGCCAUUCUGGCAAAGAACCGGAGAGCGCAGCCCUCCCCACAGAAAAGCCGAAGGCGCGCAAGCAGAGAAGCCAGUCCAAGCCGUUCAGCCUUCCCGAGCCCGCAGCCCCCUCGGUGGCCAGAAUGAACAUGAAAGAGAACCCGGACAGAGAGAAGAUGCCCCCCUUGAAAGAUCUGAACCGGCACCCACUCCCUGGCAGAGUGGGCAUGUCCCCAGCCCAGUCCAUGCGAAAAGGGGUGACAGAAAGGAGGAGGAAGCCCAACUCCAGGACAGCAGGGCCCACCUUCUCACUCUUCUACACGGAGACAGGGAACCACACGGGCUUGGUGUUCAAGAAGUACCCCCAAAGAAGGGCUAUAAGAACCAUCAACUCAUCUAUGAAGUUGCCCAGAAAGGAUACAGUUUGCUCAAGCCAAGAGUGGAUAGCAAAUUACGGACUGAAAAACCUGAAGAUGCAGCUCUCCAGAUACAUGGGUCCCCACUGUACCCAUCAAAAGUCCAAGCAGAAAUCAACCUCGGCCAAGCACUGCAGUGUCCUGCCCAGCAUAGAGAUUGAUGGAGUGGUGAAGCACAUUCAGUGGACACGCAGGGAGACGGAGGUGUACAUCGCGUGCUUGGAGAAGCUGAUGAGGUGCUACGUCCAGAGGCUGCAGUGGCUGCUGUCCGGGAGCCGCCGGCUGUUUGGCGUCAUCUUGGAGAGCAAAGUGUGCAUCCUGCUGGACACGUCGGGCUCCAUGGGCCCCUACCUGCAGCAGGUGAAGACAGAGCUGGUUCUGCUGAUUUGGGAGCAGCUCCGGAAGCACUGCGACAGUUUUAACCUGCUCAGUUUUGCAGAGGGUCUACAGCCAUGGCAGGGCACUCUGGUGGAGACCACAGAUGCAGCGUGUCAUGAGGCUAUGCAGUGGGUGACCCACCUGCAAGCUCAUGGGAGCACCUCAGUCUCGCAAGCAUUGAUGAAAGCAUUCAGUUUUCAAGAUGUGCAAGGAUUGUACCUCCUCACUGAUGGGAAGCCAGAUACCAGCUGCGAUUUUGUUCUAAGCGCUGUCCACAGACUCCAGGAGGAGAGAGACGUGAAGGUGCACACCAUCUCCCUGAACUGCACAGACAGAGCAGCAGUGGAGUUCCUGAGGAAGCUGGCUGCCCUCACCGGGGGACGCUAUCACUGCCCGGUUGGUGAGGACGCACUCUGUGGGAUUCGUGACCUGCUCACCAGAGGCUUCGUCCAUGAAAAGGAUCCAACAUUGCCGCUGUUUGAAGGAGAUGACUUAAGGAGAUUGGCCCAGGAGGUCACCAAGGCCAGAGGUUUUCUCAAGCAAGCCCAGGCCUUCAGAUCCCAAUUCCAGAAGAAAAACAGCGUGGAACAGAAGGUCGCUCUUUGUUAGAGAAGUAUUCUCAGUUUUAAGGCUGUCGCUCACUGGGAAGCCCCUGCAUCCAGCCCCCUGCCUGGAUGUCCUUCUUGUCACGCUCUGCCUGCUCAUUCAUCAAGGCACAGUUCAGAUGACAUCAGAUGUCAUCACACUUCGGAUGACAGUGGACUGUGGAGAUGGCCCCGGGACCCACCUAGAGCCGGGAAGCUCCAGGCAGAGUUGGAAGCUUCUAGGCCUCCUGGACAACCCUGCCUCUUGCGGCACUCGGCCUUCGGGUUGAGGUUCUUUGCUCCUUUAUCUAACUCUUCUCCUUGACUGAGGCUCCCUCAGGAUGAGGCUGGCGUCCUGGCCAUCUGUGGGUCCCCAAGCCUGCUCCGUGGCAUUUACAUGGUGAACAGUGAGUAUGCGGCCGAGCGUGGGAGCCCAGUUCUGGAAACCAGCCCGACGAGCCCGCUUUUCCCAGCAUCUCUCUUGUGCUUCCCAACACUCUGGUCCACAGGCCGAUGCAGACUCACUCUCGUCCCCUCGGGGGGAAGAAGAAGCAGUGAGCCUCAGGGAGCCUAUCCUGCUCAAGCAAACUGACCUGAGGCUGCUGUGGAACCCUGGCCAGGUGGAAUGCUCUGCUCGAGCUUGAGAGAAUCAGGCUGUGUCUUCCGAGCCCAUCCCCCCUGUAUAUAUGUGAAACGAUGUGUCAUGUGCUAAUGUCAUCUGACUGAGGUCAUUUUCUAAAAUUAAAAAAUUGCUUUAAUUUCAU